GUAAAUGUGUACACUAAGCGUGUUAUCGGAACCUAUAAAAUCACUUUCCUAUUAAAGUUCCCUAAAAUAGUUUGAUCCUUUUCAACUCUAAUUUCCCCCAAACUUAUAUCCGUCCCCUGAAAUUUCUAACCUCGGUUUAAACUUUUGUCCGUUGGUUUACAUCUUACAGCCCCAUAUAAUCUGAUCCCACAUCCGUAAGGGAGAUUUCUCCCCUCCAACAAAUUCGCCCCUGGGGCUGUGGAGUAGCUUGUACAUACAUACAUACAAAAAAGCUAAUUGCUGUAAAUAAGUAGAGAAUCAGCAACAUGAGUUUCCAAAUGAACGGCUCUCAACACCAUUUCGACGGAGGCGUAGGCGGAGCUCAUCAAAAGCAGUCGGCCGGAGGAUUGCCGUCGGAACAUCCCGUGUUCAGUCAGCCGAUCGUGAACGGAGACCAGUGCAUCGGAGGCACCAUCAACAUCGAUUUCCAGGUCAAAGGCUAUCCUGAUCCCCAACUCCAGUGGUUCAAGAACAACCAGCUGCUCAACUUGGGCGGCAGGAUCAAUUUGUUCGGGGGACUUGACGGAUGGUACACCCUUCAGAUCAAAGAGUUGUGCCUCGAGGACCAGGGCGAGUACACGUUCAUAGCUGAGAAUGAAUUCGGAGAAGCGACCUGUGUCGUCAAUCUUCAAGACGUCGGCAUCAGCAGUCCGAACGGAAAUCUUGGUGACCCGAACAGCUUCUCGCCGGCCAGCAUUGGGCCUCCGACAGCAAGAAGUAGCAUGAUCAACAGCACUGCGGUUCCCACAAAUCCCGGCUGGCACAAUGAUCUCUCGGGAGUGCGAGUGUCGCGGAUUGCAGAGGGACCGGACAACAGUCACGUGCCAAUGUGUCGACGAGACCACAUUGCUCCCUACGCAGUUCCAGGUCUCGGAAGAAACCCAGAAACUGCGGAGGAAAGCGACAAACCCUACCAGCCACCUGUGUUCUACGGGCAACCGAUGGUCCGAGGUGAUCUGAAAGAGGGCGGUAAAAUUGUCAUCGACAUCAAACUAGCGGCACAUCCUGAACCCCGAAUUCACUGGUUCAAAAAUGGGCGACCCGGAGUCUUUAGCGAGCGAAUCCGACUUGAGCGCGGAAUGCACGACACGUAUAAACUCGUGAUCAAAGACCUCCGAACAGAUGACGAGGGUGAAUACUGUUUCAUAGCCGAGAACUACCUGGGACGAAACGCCAGAACGAUUUACAUUGGCAACAUCGAGGUGCCUGGUAAACCGAGCAGAGGCGAGCCCCAAGUUAUUCUGGUUCCUCAGAAAGACCCUCCGAUGCUCACGAACCCGCGCGUAAUCGGCGAAGUGAAGCCCGGAAACGAAGUUAACGUCGAGUUUGAAAUAUACUCAGAAGAGAAACCGAACGUGAAACUGUUCCAUGACGGACUCCUCAUUAACCUUCAGGGACCGAGGAUUUUCCUGAGACCAGAACCUAACAGCAAGUAUGUGAUCACGUUCCGAGACAUGAAUGCGGGCGAUGAAGGUGGAUACAAAAUCACGGCGGAAAACUCGAACGGAACCAACUACACUACGUUCAAUUUGACAGGUCUGAAAGAACCGCCAAAGCCCAAAGCUCCUGCGAGACCUUGGAGAUCAGUGUCACCGCCUAGGGCUCCUACACCACCUAAUGAGUCGCAAAUAAUUAUGAGAAACAUCAACAUCGAAGCUGCUGAUCCCCCGAUAGCUCCAAAAUUCAGUGAACCGGUAAUCACCGGGGAUAUGUUUAUCGGAGGAAACAUGCACAUCGAUUUCACACUCACGGGGAGACCCGAGCCGACCAUCAAGUGGUACAAAAACGGACAAGAGAUCUUUUUGGGACAUCGGCUUCAGUUGGACAGGAAAAUGGGAAAUAAUUACUCACUAGUUCUGCCCAACAUACAAGUCACCGAUGAAGGCGAGUAUGAGUUCUUUGCUGAGAACGCUGUCGGAGAAGCAGUUUGCGUGCUCCAGCUGACGCCUCUACCGAGACCUCCGUCGCCCGAAUAUGUCCCACCAGUGAGUCACGUAACUGUGAAGGAGUCGACUUCGUUCAGACGACACCAGGAACCGCCGAAGUUCUCCAAACCCGAAGUGACCGGUGACAUGAUUGUGGGAGGAACAGUCAAUGUGUUCUUUUACAUUCGAGGCACCCCAGCACCUGACGUAAUGUUCUACAAAGACGGACUUCCGAUGAAUUUCAAUUCUCGAGUGUCAAUCACGAAAGGACAUGACGAGUCUUACACUCUGACCAUUCGUGGCAUUCGAUACGAUGACGAAGCCGAGUACAUGAUCAAAGCGUCGAACCCCGUGGGAGAAGCCAAGUGCACAAUCACACUCACAAUCGAAAGAGCACCAAGAAGUGCUUAUCCGUUCUAUGACAUGGUUCCACCGAAGUUCUCGGAACCGAUCAAGACCCGAUUUGAGGGUGAUAUCGCGUACCUGGAAGGAUACGUGACAGGCAGCCCGAAACCUACGAUCUCGUGGUGGAAAGACGGGCUAGAAAUUCGACCCGAUCAUAACUUCACGUACAACACUUCAUACGACGGAAGGAUAUCGCUGAGAAUCAAUAACAUCCACGAAAUCAGAGACGGAGAAAUAGUCUGCAAAGCGGUCAACAACGCGGGUGUUGCUUCUUGUUCGGUUCAUUUCCAGAGUCAAGCAUACAGGUUUGGAGAGCCGCCGACGUUCGCUCAACCCAUAAUUCCGACUAUUGACGGAAACACUGCUGUGCUGGAUUGUAUUGUCAGUGGAAACCCUCUGCCAAACAUCCUCUGGUAUAAAGAUGGACAUUUGAUCCAUCACGGAGGCAGCUUUGAAAUCUACACCAGUGCUGACGGAUCUUCAAGUUUGAUCAUCCACAAUUUCAAGAAUCUAGGACCUGCUGAGUACGUAUGUAGAGCGACUUCUGUUGCCGGUGAGAUCUCUUGCAGUUUGAAGUUAAUCAUUGAGAGACGAAGUGUGUCGGCUUCACCGAGCCGGAGUCACUCGCCGAAUGCCAGUUCAAUUCAUCGACGAAGUCCGUUCUACUACUCUCCAUCCAGUGAGACGAACUUUCACCGCGUGCCUCCGAAGUUUGUCAAGCAAGUAACACCUCACGUGGAAGGGAAGUUCGCGAGGUUCACCUGCAAAGUUAACGGACAACCGCGUCCGUCUGUUAAGUGGUUCCGAAACAAGGUUCCAAUUAAUCCUGGAAAUGACUUCGGACUUCAAGAAGAACCAGAUGGAACGUGCACCUUGAUAGUCUACGAUGUUGACAGGUUCGGAAAUUGCGAGUACCAGUGUCUGGCUGAAAAUGAAGCCGGAAUUGCGACUUCGACCAUCGAAUUUGUGACCAAUACUGGAAAGCCUCCGAAGAUUGUUAAGCAGCUGACUCCUGUGAUUGAUGGAAAUACUGGAAAGUUUACAUGCACCAUCUCCGGCGAUCCUUACCCGGAUGUUGUCUGGCUACGAAAUGGCGAGGAGAUCAGAUCUGGCGGUGAUUUUGUGAUUCACAAUGGACGAAAUGGUGAAUUCUCUCUGACAAUUUACAACGUCACCGACCAUGGAAAUGCGGAGUAUACUUGCAGAGCAACAAAUGCAUCCGGAACUUCAUCGACAACGGUUGAACUUGUUUUGCAGCGAAUCACGAAACCUGGUAAUCCUCCGAAGUUCAUUCAGACCAUGAAGCCUUCAAUUGACGGCGUCACUGCUAAGUUCGAAUGCGUGAUUGACGGAAAACCACGCCCAGAAGUUUCAUGGCUGAAAAAUGGAGUGGAAAUAUUCAACGGUGGCAACUACAGUAUCGUGCACGGGGUUGACGGCUACUGUUGUCUGUCGAUCUACGACAUCUACGAGUGUGGACCGAAGACCGAGUUUGUCUGCAAGGCAAUCAACCCCUCGGGAAUCACCUCUUGCUGUGUCACUCUUGUGCUAGAAGAGUCCGUGAGGUUUGAGGGCGCCCAUCUUUACUGAGAGCAAUUCAGUCAGUUCUGAACUAAACUGAAGUGAAAUGGAAGCGGAAAUGAGUUGAAAUUAUUCGGACCUUAAACUGAAUUGAACUGGCCUUAAGUCAAACUGACUUGAACUUAGUUUGGGCCAAUCACAAGUUACUCAGCACAAAAAAAACUUAAACUGAAACUCAACCAAUUCUAUUUCUCAAUUUUUUAUUUCUGAGUUUUUUCAACAAUCUAUUCUGGAAAAGCAUGGAAAUAGUUUUUUUUUAGUUUAAAAUAUCUGAUAUUACCAAGGACGGAGCAGAUUGUUGAAAAAUAUUUGUUUGAAUUUGAUUCAAAAUAAUUUCGUUGAAGCAUGCUAGUAAUUCGUAUAAUUUUGUACUGCAUUCAAGCCAAUUAAUUGUUUUCUAACGCGU